GAAACCCUUUCUCUCUCUCUCUCUCUCUCUCUCCUUCCAAACACAUCCAAAGCCUCAGCCUUGGAAUCCAAAUUCCCAUUUUUCUUUUAGAUUCUCUUCCCACUUUUCUAGUUUCUCACAAAAUUUAUAUUCCCCUCGAAUUCUUUGCUAAGAAAAUGUGGGUCCGCUGAUCGUAAACCUAGGGUUUCGGGGAGCUUUUGAGGAUUAAUGUACAAACUGGAGAAGAGGUGGUUAUCAAGCUGGUAUCUGGGAAGACAAAGCAUCCUCGACUUUGCUGCAAGUCCAUACACAUGCUACAAUCAUGAACCUUGACUAAACCAUUGAACACCAUCAUCACCAUGCACGUAGGGAAUCCUGAUGAAUACCACCCAAAACCUUUGCAAAACCCUCCUUCAAAAUCCCUCCUCUGUCAAAUCCAAAUCUCAAGCCAAACAACUCCAUGCCCAAAUCCUCAGGACAAGCCUACCAUCUCCCUCUCUUCUCUCCACUAUCCUCUCCAUCUACUCUAACCUCAACCUCUUACAUGACUCCCUCUUAAUUUUCAACUCACUCCCUUCACCACCCACUACUCUUGCUUGGAAAUCCAUCAUCAGAUGCUACACUUCCCAUGGCCUCUUCCUCCAUUCCUUAUCUUUCUUCAUUCAAAUGCUGGCUUCUGGAAAAUACCCAGAUCAUAAUGUGUUCCCUUCUGUGCUAAAGUCAUGCACUUUGAUGAAGGACUUGAGGUUCGGUGAGUCAGUUCAUGGGUGCAUUAUUAGGCUAGGCAUGGGUUUUGAUCUUUAUACUUGUAAUGCACUUAUGAAUAUGUAUUCAAAAUUUUGGAGUUUGGAGGAGGGUGGGGUGCAGAGAUUUUGUGAUUCCAAGAUGCUUGGUGGAAUUCCUGAACCAAGGGAAAUUGGGAAAUGUAGUAAUUCACAUGACUUGCCAUGUGAAUUGGAUAAAUGUGUUGCUGGUAUUGAUCAGAAUGGGGAUUUGAAUCAAAUGAGCAAUAUACUGUAUCAAGUUAACACAUACAAGAAAGUUUUUGAUGAGGGGAAAACAAGUGAUGUUUAUAGUAAGAAGGAAAAGGAGUCUUAUUAUUUGGGAAGUUUGAGGAAAGUGUUUGAAAUGAUGCCUAAAAGAGAUAUUGUUUCAUGGAACACUGUAAUUGCUGGAAAUGCACAAAAUGGGAUGCAUGAAGAUGCUUUAAUGAUGGUUAGGGAGAUGGGGAAUGCUGACUUGAGGCCUGAUUCUUUUACUUUGUCCAGUGUUCUUCCUAUUUUUGCAGAGUAUGUGAACCUUCUAAAGGGCAAGGAGAUUCACGGGUAUGCUAUUAGAAAUGGUUAUGAUGCAGACGUGUUCAUUGGGAGUAGCUUGAUUGAUAUGUAUGCAAAAUGUACUAGAGUGGACGAUUCAUGUAGGGUAUUUUAUAUGUUACCUCAACACGAUGGCAUUUCAUGGAAUUCUAUUAUUGCAGGGUGUGUGCAGAAUGGUAUGUUUGAUGAAGGUCUGAAAUUCUUUCAACAAAUGUUGAUUGCUAAAAUUAAGCCCAAUCAUGUUUCCUUUUCAAGUAUAAUGCCAGCUUGUGCCCACCUGACAACACUACAUUUAGGUAAGCAGCUCCAUGGAUACAUAAUUAGGAGUAGAUUUGACGGCAAUGUGUUUAUAGCUAGUGCACUGGUGGACAUGUAUGCAAAAUGUGGGAACAUUAGAACUGCUAGAUGGAUUUUCGAUAAGAUGGAGCUAUAUGACAUGGUUUCAUGGACAGCCAUGAUUAUGGGCUAUGCUUUGCAUGGCCAUGCCUAUGAUGCGAUCUCCUUAUUCAAGCGGAUGGAAGUGGAGGGAGUAAAGCCCAACUACGUGGCAUUUAUGGCUGUUUUAACUGCUUGCAGCCAUGCUGGAUUGGUAGAUGAAGCUUGGAAAUAUUUUAAUAGUAUGACCCAGGAUUAUCGAAUCAUUCCUGGAUUGGAGCACUAUGCUGCUGUGGCAGACCUACUUGGUCGAGUGGGAAGGUUGGAGGAAGCUUAUGAGUUCAUCUCUGACAUGCAUAUUGAACCAACAGGAAGUGUGUGGUCGACGUUAUUGGCUGCUUGUAGAGUUCACAAGAACAUUGAAUUGGCUGAAAAAGUUUCCAAAAAACUAUUUACAGUUGAUCCCCAAAAUAUUGGAGCUUAUGUUCUCUUGUCAAAUAUAUAUUCUGCCGCUGGAAGAUGGAAAGAUGCACGAAAGUUGAGGAUUGCUAUGAGGGAUAAGGGCAUGAAAAAGAAACCAGCUUGCAGCUGGAUCGAGAUUAAGAACAAGGUACAUGCUUUUGUGGCAGGUGAUAGAUCCCACCCAUAUUAUGAUAGAAUAAACGAGGCUCUCAAAGUUCUUCUGGAGCAGAUGGAACGAGAAGGGUAUGUUCCAGACACAACUGAGGUGCUCCAUGAUGUGGAGGAGGAGCAAAAGAGAUACUUAUUAUGUAGCCACAGCGAAAGACUUGCCAUAACGUUCGGCAUCAUCAGCACUCCUGCUGGGACGACAAUUCGUGUAACCAAGAACCUUCGGGUGUGUGUUGACUGCCACACAGCAACGAAGUUCAUUUCAAAGAUUGUUGGGAGAGAAAUAGUUGUAAGGGAUAACAGUCGAUUUCACCAUUUCAAGGAUGGAAAGUGUUCAUGUGGUGAUUUUUGGUGACAUAAGAAAGAGAGAUAUUGUCAACCUGAUUAAACCUGAGUUCAUCAAAUUUAUAUUUAUUUUAGUUUUAUUUCUUUUUGGAUGAAGUGGGUGUUCUUAAUGUCAAAUGGUUUGGAGUUGAGGGCGAAUACAAUGACAUGGCCAUUAACCUUCUUGGAUGAAGCCUCAAGGACUUGUUCAACUACUGCUAUUGGAAGUUUUAAUUGAAAAUAGUUGUAAUGCUUGCAGAUCAACUAGAAAGUUGAAUAAAUGCAGUCAAGGGGUUUUCGACACCACGAUAUAAAGCCUGAUAACUUUGUUAUGGGAUUAGGACGCAAGGCAAAUCUGAUGUACUAUACUAGAGAAAUUUGCUGAUGCUGAGGUCUUCAAAGAAGAGAAAAUAACUACUGUUUGAGUGUUUGGAGGAGGAAACAGAAUAUCUUAGCCUUUAGAGGCAUAAAAUGGGUGCUGAUGAUUUUGAGCCAUUGACAAUGAUGGGCAAGCGUGCAUUUUGAGGAGUGAUGUCGCUGGAGUGGGACUGAAUCUUGGGGUUUGCCUGUGAAGAGUUGGAAAUCAAUGGUGCAGGAUCAGUUCCUGCAUUGAAAGGUUUGUUGCGUUAGGUUGCUGGCACUGAUACUAGAGGUUAGAGUCUGCAGGGAGAAGAAAACUGGCCAUCUUAUAUAUAUAUAUAUGCUAUGAAGAAGCUUGAGAAAUCAGAGAUUCAUUAUAGAGGCCAGGUAUGAGUUUUGUUAGCUGAUAAUUUAUUUAGGGUUAUGUUCAUUUAGCUUAUUGCAAGAUUUACUUCUAAAUGUGUUGAUUGAAGAUGUGAAGGCUGAGAGUAAACCUGUUUGUAGAGGUUGAUAGGGUUUGAGUCCUACAAAUUUGUGAUUUGUUUUUACGCCUAAGUUUUUGGGAAAGUUGGUCGAUUUUUUAAAGUUGGAAACUCAACAUUUCCAAGAUUUAAGAGUUUUUCUUUUAUCUCGUAAUGGAAUAUUGAGUUAGGGGAGAUGUGAUAACUUUGAGAAGUUGGAAUUGACUUAGAUAUUGUAAGUUAAAGCGCAACAUAAUUUUUAGUCGGGAUCAACAUUGAUACCAUUUGAUAUUUAGUAAUGUUGGAAACUCAACAUUUCCAAGAUUAAGAGUUUUUCUUUAUCUUGUAAUGGAAUAUUGAGUUAGAGAUGUGAUAAAUUUGAUAGGUUGGGAAUUGGGUUA